AGCGCAGAAACUACUUUAACAAGCCGCGGAGCCACCAGCCGCAGCACUUCACCGAGCACUUUGAACGGACUCCACACGAGAGUUUAACGGGCUGUUUUGUUUUUCUUACCGGCGACCCCCUGAACGCCUCGGUCCGGUAACGUUGCCUCAGCAGGAGAGACACGCGCCGUGUUUGUUUGCCGACUUACCCGUUAGCGCUCUUCCCUGCCGCGUGCGACACCGGGGAGCUCCGCGCAGAUUUAUUCGGGUGCACUGGCUCGCGCCACUCUACAGUUUCCCACUCCGCCGGAACCUCCGAGGGCACGCGCGGACGAAGAACGCACAGAACACCUUAAGUAGCUUUUAAAGUAACAAAGAGUCCAUGGCGGUCCCCGCACACAGCAGCUGCGUGUGGAUGCUGGUUCUGGGCGCGUGUGUGUCGCUGGUGGUCGGAACGGAGUGCGGGAAGGAGUGCGCACUGUGCGUGUACCGUCUGCUGGGACAGCAGUCUGGUUUCCCCUCGCUGACAUGCUCACUUGAGUGUGAUGGUGGGUUGGACACCCAGAAGCUCCGCCUGUGCCGCGACUUCCUAUUAGAGGAGGAAAACCAUGUUCCUCUGAAUGCCGACCCCCGUCAACCGCAGGAACAGGAAGCAGCGGACGCCGUGACAGUCGACGAUGAGGACGCCCCAUCACCGGAGCACCUGCUGGCCAAGAAGUACGGUGGCUUCAUGAAGCGCUACGGCGGCUUCAUGUCUCGCCGCUCCCCCUCUCAAGAGGGGGUACUGGAGGAUCCUGGGAACCAGGACGAAGAAGAGAACGUACGCCUGGAGAUCCUAAAGAUUCUCAAUGCGCCAGUCGAUCAUGGCGGCAAGGGGGAGGGUCAGGGAGGGGAGGCGGUGAAGAGGUAUGGGGGUUUCAUGCGUCGGGGCGAGGGAGGGGUGGCGCAGGGCGACCUGCUGGAGGCGGUGUUGGGCCGCGGGCUCAAGAAGCGCUAUGGAGGGUUCAUGAGGCGCGUGGGCAGGCCUGAGUGGCUGGUGGACAGCAGCAAGAGCGGGGGGAUGUUGAAACGGGCCUGGGAGAACGGCAGCGAGCUACAGAAGAGGUAUGGGGGGUUCAUGGACUAGGACGCAUCAGUUAUGACCCUUCACCCCAUCCCUACAAACCCCUCUCUUCAACCAGUCGCCUUGUAUUCUGGACUUGUUGGUGUUUGAUCGACUGCCCGAUCCCUCUGCUUUGUAUAACGUACCGCUUCCUACUUCAUUGGUCCAAUUGCUCCUGUAAUGAUAAAAAAAAGAUAAACAUAUGUUGUUCAGAUGUGCA